AUGGCGGAGGACCUGACGAAGCCGCUGCUGGGCACGAAGAAGAAGGCCUGGCUCGCGGCGCGCUUCGCCGUCCUGAGCCUCGCCGGUCUCCUCAUUUCCAUCUUCUUCCUCGUGCAUCCCGGCGGCGGCGCCGUCGACGCGCCGGAGGCCCUGGACGAGUCGCCGGCGGUGCGCGUGCGGCGCGUCGAGGCGCUGCUCGCGACGCCGCUGUCCGAGGCCGCGGCGGGCGACCUGCGGACGACGCUGCCCGGCGCGCCGGCGGGCGACGAGACCGUGCAGUUCUCGGGCUACGUGCGAAUCUCCGAGACGAAGCACAUGUUCUACCUCUUGGUCCUGGCGGCGGAGGACCCGGCGUCCAAGCCCCUGGCCUGGUGGUCCAACGGCGGGCCGGGCUGCUCGGGUUUGCUCGGGUACGCCACGGAGCACGGCCCGUACCGGCCCAUGCGCGACUCGACGCUCUCGGCGUUCCCCUACAGCUGGAACAACGCGGCGAACAUGUUGUACGUCGAGUCGCCCGUGGGCGUAGGGUACUCCUACACGACGGACGAGACGGGCGAGGACCUCAAGUCCGGGGACCAGAGCGUCGCCAAGGACAACUACGACGUGCUCGUCGGUUUUUUCCAGAGGCACCCGCACUUCGCGACGUCGGACUUGUACCUGACGUCGGAGUCCUACGGCGGCCACUACGUGCCCACGCUGGCGCAGUACAUCGUGGACCACGACACGACGGGCAUGAACCUCGUGGGCCUGGCCGUCGGGAAUCCGUACACGGAUCCGCUCGAGAACAUGCGCGGCAUGGUCGGCGCCUACUGGGGGCGGUCCAUGAUCCCCUUCCCCCUGUACCACGCCUGGGACGACGAGUGCACGGGCUCGACCAUCGACGCGGCCAAGUGCGAGACCAUGGGUCUGGCCAUGUUCGAGUACGUCGGCGGCGACGCGUGGAUCGACUACUACGGCCUCGACUACGGCUACUGCAGCGACCACGCGGCGGACGCGGCGGACGCGGGCGGCCGGCGGCUGUCGAGCGGGCGGCGCGCGCUCUACGACACGGCCGCGGACGGGCUCUACGGCUACGACGCGUGCACGGGCGACUACACGGACCACUACUUCAACCGCGCCGACGUCAAGGCCGCGCUGGGCGUGCCCGAGUCCAUCGAGUGGCAGACGUGCUCCGGGUCCGUCAAGUACGCGACGGAGGACGACUUCAUGGAGGAGGUCUGGAACUCGCUCCUCGACGCGGGGCUGCGCAUGAUGAUCUUCUCCGGCGACGACGACUCCGUCUGUGGGCCCAUCGGCACCCAGUCCUGGCUCUACAAGCUCCUGAACGUGUCCGCGGACAACGACUGGCGCGGCUGGACCUACGACGACCCGCGCGUGGGCGACGACCAGCUCGGCGGCUACCGCGUCAUCUUCGGCCACGGCACGCGCAAGAUCACGUUCGUCACGGCGCACCACGCCGGCCACAUGGUCCCGGCCUACCAGCCCUCGAAGGGGUACGAGGUCUUCUCGCGCUUCAUCGCCGACGAGUGGGGGUAA